UCUCGGAUUUCAUAAUUGAUAAUUAAUUAAUUUCACCAACUUGUUGGCUUUUUUAGUUCUAUAAAUUCCCCGCUUGAAUCACACAGAGUCCUCUCUUCCACUCUCUCCCUCUUUCCUAUCACACUUUCUAGAUAGCUAGCCUGUAAGAUAUAUAGAUAUUUCAUAUAUAUCCUAUGGUCCGUGAGUGCCCUUGUUCUGUACCAACCCUUUCUUCCACAUGUUGAGUUUCAGCAUCGUCCUCUCUUGAGUCCCCAUAUCAAAUACCCACCGAAUUCAACCCCCCAUAUAACAAAUCUCCUCCCAUCCCAUUUUUCAGCACCAAAGUUUGAAACUUUUCUCAAUUGGGUUGAGGAGAGUUUGACUCAAAUUUUUAUUUUUCUAACGAAGCAGUAGCUAUUAGAAGUGCAAAAAUUAAAUGUCCAACAUCUUCUUGUUGAUGUUUGAGAUUCAUGUAUCCGAUUCUCAGUGAAAUCUUCUUUUCCGGGUGUAUGAUCAAUUCCACUGUUAGGCGCAGGACCCAUUUAGUUCAAUCCUUCUCAGUUGCUUUCCUCUAUUGGUUGUACUACGUUUCAUGAUUUCUAAACCUUCCUUAGUCUAAUAAUCAUCUACUACUAGUUAUUAUUAUCAUCAUCAUAUAUAAUAAAAUCUAUCUGCAAUAUUAUUUUUCUGAGUUUGUGUCUAGUUAGUGUCUGGGUCCUGGUCCUGCCAAUUGUGUCAAUUAAUUGUAUUAAAUCAUAAAAGAUGGCUUCCUCAAGUGGAACAUCUUCAGGGUCAUCUCUGCUUCAGAACUCUGGUUCUGAGGAGGAUUUGCAGGCGGUGAUGGAUCAGAGAAAGAGGAAGAGAAUGAUAUCAAACCGCGAAUCUGCACGGCGAUCUCGCAUGAGGAAGCAGAAGCACUUGGACGAUCUUGUUUCCCAAGUGGCUCAGCUCAGAAAAGAGAACCAACAAAUACUCACAAGCGUCAACAUCACCACGCAACAGUACCUGAGCGUUGAGGCUGAGAACUCGGUGCUUAGGGCUCAGGUGGGUGAGCUUAGUCACAGGUUAGAGUCUCUGAAUGAGAUCGUUGACGUGUUGAAUGCCACCACUGUGGCGGGUUUUGGAGCAGCAGCAACAUCGAGCACCUUCGUUGAGCCAAUUAAUAAUAAUAGCUUCUUCAACCCGUUGAAUAUGGGGUAUCUGAACCACCCUAUUAUGGCUUCUGCGGAUAUAUUGCAGUAUUGAGAUCCAUGGUCUCUGAGUCUGAGAUUUGAUGAGGAUUUCUUCUUCUUCUUCUAGGUUUGAGUCUGUUGAGAAAUUGUAAUCACUACCAUAUGGUGAUAAGGAAUAAUAAUAAUGAAUGUGUAUCGUAAAACUGAUGGGAUUGUUGGGUGCUGGUUCUGUAAAUGUGGCAUGGGCCAUUACUGUAAUUUGUCACCCUCCUUUCCUAUAUUAUUAUAAUAAUAAUAUUGACCUACUUCUCUGUCUUGA